AUGUCAACUGCUGCUAUGACUAAUAUUCAUAAUUUGAUAAACGCUCCCACUCCUCCUCCCCCUCCUCCCAUUCCACCUACUCAACAAUCACUCCCAUCAGUUCAUAUAUUAUCUUCAUCAAACUCUCCUCCGUUGAAUUACCUUCCUCCUCCAUUAUCAACUUCUCAUACCUCCCCGAUUAAUCAUACCAUCUCCUCCUCCUCCGCCUCCUCCUCCCAUAUCCAACCAAACCACUCCUCCAAUACUUCUUUUGAUGAUGACGAAGAUGAUCACCACACAUCCAAACAAACUAAUAAGAAACUCUUAUCAACCUCAUCUCCAGAAGGGAUCCAAGUCGCAUCAAAAAUAACUCCAACAAGAUUAGCCAAUCUUUUAAUUAGAAAAGGUCCCUUACCAAUCCGUCAUAUCACCCAUCAAUUAUCAUUAGAAGUAGGUAGUUUCGAUCAAUUAUCCUUAUCCAAACAACGGAGAUUGAUCAUGGCCGCCAUGGAACAAACUGAUUUGAUUAAUAAUGUCGUGUUUGAGAAAAUUGGAUGGGGUCAAUGGGCUGUUCGGAAAGUUAAUAGUGAUUAUAUCGUUACUGAAGGUACUGAAACUUCAAAUGGUGGAUCAAAUGAUCUCCCUAAUGGUGGUCAUAAUGGAUCUAUUAAUAGUAUUCUUGAUGAUGGAAAUAAUGAAAAAUUGAUUAAUGUUAAUGAUUUAAGAAAUAAAACUAAUUUGAAAUUAGGAUGGUCAAAGAAACAAAAUCAAUCUAAUACGUCUACAAGUACGAAUACUGGAGCCACUUCUUUAACUAAGAAAGAUAGAAGAGAAUCAAUCACCAAUAAUAAUAAAAACUUACAUAAUAUAAAAUUACCGAAAGAACCAAAGAAUUCAAAUGCUAUUGCGAGUGAUUCAGAUGAUGAAAAUGAUAUUGAUUUGGAAAAUGUCAUGGAAGAUGAUGAUGAUGAAGAUGAUGAUGAAAUGUUAGAGUCAACCGCAUCAUCAUCAGAAGAAGAUGAUGAUGAUGAUGAAGAUGACGAUGCAUUAUUCCCCUUUGAUAAUGACGAUAAAAAGAGAAAUCAAAUCUCAUCCAUUAAUCCAUCUACAAGUACAACCACCACUAAUAAAUCUACAACUUCUCCACCUCCUAUCAAAUUCGCUAAACGUGUUCCAAUCAAAAUAAGUCCUCCUCCAUCAUCAACUUCAGGUGAAAGAAGAAGAAAAUCUUCAAGUUCAGUCAUAUCAAAACCAACUAGUUCUCAUCGAUAUCAAAUUUUUAAUCGUUCAAGAUUAGCUUCUUUCGAUGGUGGUUUAGAUAAUUAUAUCGUAUCAUCGGCUAAGAACUCUAGUGUAUCGAUUAACUCUCCCCCUCCUUUAACAUCCUCAUCUCCAUUGAAUUCAUGGUCUGGUACCACUCCUGAUUUAAUCAAUCUUAAUUCAACAUCUAAUACUACUACUUCUACUACCACUAAUAAUAAUAAUUAUAUUCAUGAUAAUAAUUCAUCAUCAUUUAUUAUUGAAAAAGUCGAAGGUGGAGGUAGAAGAAAAUCAUCAUUUAAUGAAUCUCAUAUAAGAUCGACAUUAUCUUCAUCCUUAUCUCAUUCUCAUCCAAAUGCUCCAAAAGUAACAUCCACUCAAUCUACCAAUACGACCACUACUUCUACCACACCUUAUGAAAAUGCUCAGUUUGCCAAAUCUACUCCAAGUUCAAUCCAUUCGAAAUUAGAAGAUUCUCAUCAUCGUACCCACCAUCACCAUAAUCAUCAUCGUUAUUCUCAUCGUAAUCACAACGAUCAAAGUGAAGAAGAUACAGAUGAAGAAGAUUGGGCUACUAUUGGUCCCGAAUCAUUACGCAAGAACAGUAUCACUUCAAAUUCAUCUAUAACAAGUGGUGGUGGUAAGAAAAAAAUCAAUUCAAGUACGAACACUCCUAGAUCAAUCUCAAGACAAGGGAAGUAUCCAUCAUCAUCCACUGCUGCCCGAUCAAGAUCAGGGGAAAGAGUUAAAGUCGAAUCAAAUACUCUGUCACCUCUGGUUCAACCCCAAUUGGAGAAUAACAUCGAUACGAUGAUGGAUGUUGAUGUCGAUGAUGAACAACGGUCUGCAGCUUUUGCCUUGGUAGAUUUAAGGAAUUAG